CCUCAAGAUUAGUAUACUUACCAAUUUAUUAUUAAUCUAACAUUAUAACAACACUAUGUAGUAACGCGUAGUGUGGCCACUUCCUGCACUAAGUUUAAAAAAUAUUUUAUUUAAUUUAAUUUCCGGUUGCAGAAAUUGUUUGCAACCGGAAGUGUCAGUUUCCAUUUUGAAUUAAAAUAAUUUAAAAAGGAGACGGAAGUACGUCUUUCCCCUCCACUGUCCCCACCUCAUGGCUGCAACAUAGCAAUCUCGUCAUUCGCAAUUUAGUGCUCAGCCACUUCGCACGACAUCAAGAUGCCGAAGAGAAGACACGACGAAACUAUCGAACAUUUAGCCAGCAAACUGAAAAAACUUGAAAGAAAAAUCAGACGAUCAAGAAAGCGGCGAUCUCCAUCGUUAUCAUCGACCAGCUCAUCAAGCUCGGGAAGUUCGUCGUCUACAAGCUCGAGGUCAUCGUCGCCUGCUCAACCAGCCUUACUGGCGUUAUCGGAACAAGAUCGAAAUGAAGACCGCCGUACUGCGCCUGAACCCGGGACUUCAGACCCUGCACCUCCAUCAGCGGUACCAGAACCCAUUCCCGGCACAUCUGCCGGCACCGGCUAUAAUACAUCAUCGGUACCAGCGGGGCCUUCGAGUGAGGACCAUGUCAUUACCAUGCCUGACGCCGGUUUGGAUCCUGACAUUUUAGAUAUACUGGGCAUAGACCCUUCGGCCGCUGUAGAAUACGGCCCUAACAUAAACGACGAAUUGGCUAGUCGUCUCAGUUAUUUAGUCACGUCGGGGUUAGACAAGGACAUUCGUAAAGAACUGUUACAAAAAUAUCUUGUCCCUAUCAACUGCAAACACCUAUCUGCUCCUCAGUUAAACCCUGAAAUCAAGGCCGCCACGCCUGAAUAUGUUCAGAAACGAGACAAGUCUAUCGAGAUGAACCAAAAAGAAAUAGCAGCAGCAAUAACUUGCGUCGGGCAAAUAAUCACAACACAAAUCAACCACUCUUGCCGAGAUAACGAACUUUUGAAGCAGCUCAUGGAUGUCGGCCGAAUCCUUUGCGACGUUCAGUACCUGCAAUCUAGUGCUAGACGCAACCACGCGCUCUACUCUCUCAAAAAAGACUUGCGAGAGCAGCUACGUAACUCAAAAAUAGACGAGUUCCUAUUUGGCCAAAACUUAUCGGAAACCCUCAAAGCAGCAAAAGCCGUUUCGAAAACGUCGUCGGAUUUGAAAGCUGAUACCGCUAAGAAACCCAGACCCAGCAAGAAUUUAAACCGCAAGUCGGGCCCCGGGAAUCGACGGGCGGCACCGGGUCCCCCUCGCCAGCAGCCGCCGGCGCCAGCGCGAGCGACGACGAGCUACCAGCCGCCGCCGCCGCCGCCGACAACGCGCGCUCCUUACUCGAGCGCGUCGUCCUAUCGUCCCAGGCAGACGAGGAGGCGUUAGGCGCAGACGAGCGGGAACAUUCAUCAACACCUUAUCCUGGAGGCCGCGCUCUUAUCCGCGAAGGGUUCCUUCGGAGAAAAGUUCCCCAAGGGUCCGUAGAUAUUAUGCUAGCUUCCUUAUCAGAAAAUUCUUUGAAACAAUACGACUCUUGUUUGAAAAAAUGGUUUGCAUUCUGUAAAGAAAACAAAAUUGAUAUGUACUCACCAUCAGUCCCAAAUAUAAUAGAUUAUCUUACGAAUGUUCUAAAUACUGGGAGUCAGUAUCAGACAAUAAAUUGUCACAGAUCUGCUAUUUCACUAUUGGUUGGAUCCUUAGAAGAUGAUUUAAUAAGUAGAUUUUGCAAAGGUGUGUAUAAACUUAAACCACCUUUACCACGAUACAACAUGACGUGGGAUGCAAAUACGGUGUUAGAUUUUUUAUCUUCUAUGUACCCAAAUGAUGAAAUAGAUCUAGAUAAACUUUCGAAAAAAUGUGCAACAUUAUUGGCUCUUGUAACAGGUCAUCGAGUUCAAACUUUGUCAAAAAUUAAAAUAGAAAAUAUAGUUACUUUACAAAAUCAAAUUAUAAUAAAAAUUCCAGAUUUAAUCAAAACUUCUAAACCAGGUUGUAAUCAACCCACAUUGCACUUACCUUAUUUUGAAAACAGGAUAUCAAUUUGUCCAGCACAUACACUAAACUGCUAUAUUAAUAGAACCAAGGAUAUUAGGAAAUCUAACACUUUAUUUGUUAGUUUUAGAAGCCCUCAUAACCAUGUAUGUUCUCAAACCCUAAGUAGGUGGAUCAAAUCAACUAUGAAAGACAGUGGAAUUGAUGUCUCCAUCUUCUCUGCUCACAGCACUCGACAUGCUUCAACAUCACUCGCGUGUAGAGAGGGGGUCAGUAUAGACCUGAUAAGAAAAACCGCAGGUUGGAGUGGAAAUUCCACUGUCUUUGCACAGUUCUAUAAUAGACCUGUAUUAAGCAAUGAUGAUUAUACCUUAUUUGCACGUACUAUAAGUUCAUCAAAGACAUAACUUUAAGAAUCAUUGUCAUAUGUAUACAUAUUUAUGAUUAAAUACACUAUUACAAAAA